CUACGUCGUGAGGAACAUAUGCGAAAUACACAUAAAGCUGUGAAGGGAAAAUGUUUUAUUUUCAGGUGUCUGGAUGUAAAAAGACGACAGCUAUUUAACGUGCGCAAACGACCACUGGCGUGUAAAAUUGUCUACGGUCGAGUUCAACAGAUUGGACGUUGUAGCUUGUAAUGGCAUCGGAUGUCCACAUGGAGGCAGCAGCGCAUUGGCAUGCUCGGAGGAAAUAAAAGACGCGUCCGACAAAAAGGCCCGGGAUUCAAUCAAUUAGGAUGUGGGCAGAUAAAUACGAUUUUAAAGAAACUUGUGGUCACUAUUGGCUUGCCAAUUAAACACUGCAAGAUGGUCGUUGGGUUUGGUUUAAAAAUAAACCCGCACACGCCCAUGUCGUGUAAUUGGGUGAAGUGUGUGAUUAGCCCUCUCCAACAGACGGAGAUUAAGCUUGGGGAGUGUGUAAUUAUGAAUAAAGCAUACGUCAGCAGAUAAACAGCAGCCACCCGAGGUGGGGAUGCCCUCCGGCUACCACUGCUUUUAGGCCGCCCAUACGCAGCCAGAAAGGCGGACGACGACGACGCACUUGUAGUCCUUCUGGCUGCAGAAGAAGUGCCACGACGCGGACACAGCGAUCCCAAGCCGGCCGGCAGGACAGCUCGUCACUCCCCUCCUCCUCCUCCUCCUCUUCACCCUCCCCCUCCUUCUCCUCCUCUUCCUCCGGGACAGACAGCAUCCUAUGCGGCUCAAGAUGGCGGUGCAGGCAGCAGAAAACGACACGAUUAUGGUUGACGACGAGCAGCUGAACGACUCGCUGGGGAGCGUCGGCCUCAUCUCACCUGACAAGGAGGAUCUUGCACGGCUGCUGACAGUGCCCUUCAGUGGACGUAUACGAGGUGGCAUGAGGCCCGGUAAAAAGAUCAUCGUGAUGGGCAUUGUCGACCUGGAGCCAGACAGCUUUGACGUGAGCCUGACCUGCGGCCGGGAGAAGGACAAGGGCAAGGAGGAGGCCGCGUACGACGUGGCCCUCAAACUCACCGCCCGCUUCUCGGAUCGCCAGUUCCUGCGCAACGCCCGCGUGGCCGGCAAGUGGACCGAGGAGGAGGCCUCCACCGCCUAUUUUCCUUUCAUCCCAGAUCAGCCUUUUCGGGUGGAGAUCCACUGCGAGCACCAGAGGUUCCGGAUAUUCGUGGACGGACACCAGCUCUUUGACUUUUACCACAAAGUAAAAUCUUUGGCCUCCAUUGACACGGUGCGGAUAGACGGCGAUCUACAGAUCACCAAGCUGGGCUAACCACACACGCAUACACACACGCACACACAUGCACGAAGCUCGGCAGGGUCAGUGUGUGUGCAUGAAGGACUUGAGCACGUACACAAACACACGCACACAUCUGUACCGCCAUUCACCUGCAACAAGGCGCCUCUGCUUCUUAUUCUUCUGUUAAUGUGCUGUUCCCCAUUCAGCAAGCUCUCGUUUUAUUUAUUUCUCAGGUGCAAGUUUUGUCAAGUCAGUGAACAUCUUUACUUGCUAUUUUCAUUCUUCUCUAAAUUUGAACGCAAAUGUUGAUUGAAGGGAAAAGAUGAGAAUUGAAAUAUAUUUUUUUUAAGUGUCA